AUGGCUGACUAUCCAAAGGAGAGAAAAUUUCCAGACUUCAUUCAGUUGAUUGACAUGGCAUCUGAGUCUGUAGGAGGAAAGAUUUUAUUUGCAACAGAUGACUUUUUUGCUCCUGCAGAAAAUCUUAUAAAGAGUGAUGCCCCAAGUUUUAAAGAGAAUGAAUAUACUGAGUUUGGGAAAUGGAUGGAUGGCUGGGAGACCAGAAGGAAAAGGAUUCCAGGUCAUGAUUGGUGUAUCAUCAAAUUGGGAAUACAAGGAAUUAUUCGAGGUUUUGACGUGGACAUUUCUUACUUCACAGGAAAUUAUGCUCCCCGAAUAUCAAUUCAAGCAGCAAACUUACCAGAAGAUAAACUACAAGAAAUCUCAGAAAGAGGAAUCAGAACCGGAACUGCAGCCACACCUGAGGAAUUUGAAACUAUUGCUGAGCUGAAUUCUGAAAACUGGAAUUACUUGGUUCCCAUGGAGGAACUUAAACCAGGAGACCCUGGUUCCAGUCACAAUUAUUUUCCUGUGAGUUCCCAGCAGAGAUGGACUCAUAUACGACUCAACAUUUUUCCAGAUGGUGGAAUUGCACGUCUUAGAGUAUAUGGUAUUGGACAAAAAGAUUGGACUGCAACUGAUCCCAAAGACUCUUUAGAUCUAGUGGCCAUUGCUUAUGGGGGUGUCUGUGUAGGAUUUAGUAAUGCACAUUUUGGGCACCCAAACAAUAUGAUAGGAAUAGGCAGUGCAAAGUCUAUGGCAGAUGGUUGGGAAACUGCAAGGAGAUUGGACAGGCCACCAAUAUUACAAAAUGAUGAGAAUGGCAUUCUCCUGGUUCCUGGCUGUGAAUGGGCAGUUUUCCGCCUGGGACAUCCUGGCGUCAUAACUCAAAUUGAAGUAGAUACAACACAUUUUAAAGGCAAUUCUCCUGCCAAUUGUAAACUUGAUGGUUGUAUCCUGACAACUCAAGAGGAAGAAGACAUGAUUAAGAAAAAGUGGGAUCUUCCAGCCCAUAAAUGGAAAUUACUGCUUCCAGUCACAAAGCUAUGCCCAAACGAGAAUCACCUGUUUGACAGUCUAACUUUGGAGCUCCAAGAUGUCAUCACUCAUGCAAGGCUGACCAUCGCCCCUGAUGGGGGUGUAAGCCGUCUCCGGCUCAAGGGCUUCCCAAGCUCCAUCUGCCUUCUACGGCCACGGGAAAAGUCCGUGAUGAGAUUCUCAGCUCUCACGCUCAGAGACGAGGGCAAAAACAGAAUCCCAGACCCAAACUGGGACCCCCACCCACUUUUGGCAGGCAUCUCACCUGACAACUAG